CAAAUCAACAUAAAACGAGAAAAGUGACAGUUUUAUUAUUAUUGUUGGAGAAAUUUUUAACAAACAAUUAAAUUUCACAAAAAAUAAAAUAGAAAGACAAAUAAUCAAUGGCUACACUACAAUAUAAUCUUGUAAUAUUCGUAUUGAUUUUAGCUUUAAUAAACAAAUCCCUUGCCAUACAGGCACGCAGUGACCGUGAACAACAAGUUUCAGGAGCUGUGGCAUCAUCACGCACUGCUGACAACACAAAUGUCUAUCACUAUUGGGGACCCAAGGUGUUGUGUUCAAUGUUACCCGAUGAUUUUAUAGAAUGCAACAAGCCAAUUGAUCAUAAACUUAAUAAAACCGCCAAAGAGGAAAAAGGUUAUGGUUGUCUUAAGUUUGGAGGCCUAAACUAUGAAGAUGUCGAGCACACCAAGGUGCAGUGUACAGUCUUCCCUGAUAUAGAUUGCCAUGGACCCCGAACAUUUCAACGUGAUGGUGUACCCUGUAUACGCUACUCUGAACAUUAUUUCCUUACCACUCUGCUGUAUAGUUUGCUUUUGGGUUUCUUGGGUAUGGAUCGUUUUUGUUUGGGACAAACUGGUACGGCUGUGGGCAAACUAUUGACUUUGGGGGGUGUGGGCGUUUGGUGGGUGGUCGAUAUCAUUCUAUUGAUUACCAAUCGUUUGACACCAGAGGAUGGCAGUAAUUGGAAUCCCUAUGUCUAGCAUAGGUUUUUGUGGAAACGAGAAAGUGGUGCGUCGUCAGACAAUGUUGAUAGAUUCUAAGAGAUACUAAUGUGAUGUAUAUGUAUAUAUAUUUUUGUAUGUAUUAUUAAGGAUAUUUUUUUGGACAAAAUAUCUUGUUAAUUAUAAACUAGUGUGUUAAGUUGUAUAAAAUUUAAUCAAAAUAUGUAAUUAUGUUAAAAAAAUACAGGAAUUAUUUAUAAAACAAAAUUAUUUUGUUGUAAUUUUGAACAUAUCGCAAGUAGGCCUAACUAACGACAAAAUAAAACCCUACUUCUUAUUGAGUUUGAUGUAUUGAUGAUGUUUUAAAAUAACCGCCACAAGGUCUGUUCAAUAAUUUGUAUAACUUUAACAACUAAAUGUUGUUACUAUUUGUUAUAAAGUUUUACCAUUGGUCAUAAAUCGGGAACUAAAAAAUUAAUAGAUUUUUUAUAUAUAAUACAUGUGUAUAUUAAGAUAUUUUGUUGCUUUUCCAAGUAAAAAAAGUAAUAAAAUAUAAUUUUAAUAAACAAUUUAAAAAGUAAUAAAAAAUGCAAUAAUUUUAAAUUAAAAUAAAUCUUACAAAGUUUUACUAGUUUAUGUUUCAUUUUUAAUUUUGUAUGAAAUCUUUAUCUCAGGAUUCGAGACUAGUAAUACUUUUAGGAAUCACAAUAGUACGUUUGAGGUGGAAAUCUUGACCACAAGCAAAAAUUUUCUUUUUACCGAUUAUUUACCAAUAUAUAACAUCAAAACUAGUCUAUGCAUGCGUAACAAACCUGUGGGUUUACUCUGUAACUCGAUUCGAAUGAAAAACAUUUCGAAUUUGUAUGUUUCGAAAACUUUCUUUCGAAUCUAAAUACGGAGUAAGUAUAUCGAUCGAAAUCACUUUUGACAUAUAGAUCGAUGUCGUAUGCCGUAAUUCGGGCACACCGACGUAAUCAUAAAGAUAUGCCCAACCAAUUGAACAAAUUUUUAAUUAUGUACAUUUCGUUACCCCUCCCUAGCACUUAAAAACUCUAAAUAUAUUUAACUAUAUAGACUUUAUUUUAUUAAGUUUUAAUUUAUAAUUGCAAGAAGUUUUAAAAUUAUUUUUUUUUCCAAACUUAUAGUUUAGGUAAACCAGCUGAAAUAGAACUUUCAAUGCCGCAAUGAUCCUCACCACGUAAAAUCUUAAAGUAACCAUUGUUGCCCCAAUCGGUAUUCCAGGAAUUGGCAAUCAACCAGUAGGGAGUAUUAUUCUCCACGCCCCAACCUAAAAUUCGAAUAGCAUGGCCGCCCAAUUCCCGACCAUGAACAUGCUGAUAAACGCCAUCCUUGUAGAGAAUUAAAUCUUCA